UCUACCCAAAACUUAUGGCAAUCUCAAACGGCUCCGCAGUUUGCUUGGGGGAAGUAAAAAAUCACGGAAGGCUUUGAAGAUGCCUCAAUAGAAAAAUAAGGUGACAAUGAAAGCACUUCGUGUACUGUCAGGGAUCGAGAUCAGUGAAGGCUCGACCACUGCUGCAAGUCUUGAUCAGCUAACUGGGCUAAGGAAACUUGCCAUUUACAAGCUCAAUAUUAUUGAGGGUCAAAAAACCUUCAUAGAUUUAUGCUCCUCCAUUCAGUACCUCUGCAGCUGCGGUCUACAGACACUUGCAAUCAAUGAUGAGAGCUCUAAUUUUAUCAACUCACUAGACUCCAUGUCCGCUCCUCCAAGAUACCUCACUGGUCUGGAGCUGUCUGGCAUGUUGGAAAAGCCUCCAAAGUGGAUCGUGGAGCUCAAGAACCUCUACAAGCUGACCCUUUCUGUGACAGUUCUUAAGACUGAUACUUUCAAGCUCAUCCAGGACCUGCCCGAAUUGUUUUCUCUCACCUUUACACUCAAUAGGGAGAUAAUUGUUCCUCCUGGAGGAUUCAAGAGUCUAAAGCUGCUUCGCUUCUUUGCAACUUUGGUGCCAAGGCUGAGCUUUGCAGUUACAGGAGAGGUAAUGCCACCACUCGAGAGGAUUGAUCUGCAGUUUCAGGCCUUCGAAGGGAUUUAUGGCAUCGAGACUCUUAGUAGUCUCCGAGAAGUGCAUCUCAGCGUUGAUAAUCAAGCCGAUGAGAUAACCAAGUUCUUGGUAGAAGAUUUGAAGGAUACCCCCAAGUAUUUAGAUAAGGAGUACGUGAGCAAGUGGCCAAAAAUAAUCACUGUUUGAAGAGAUUGGAUGAGAUGUUGUUGUCUCUUGACUCACCUACAAUCAUUUGGCACUGUAUUUCUAGGAAGAUUAUUUUCUAAAAAUCCAAAAUUCCGUUUUGCGAGCUAAAUAAACAGACUGCAUCUUUACUUACGGCUACUUUACAUUUUGAUUCUUGUAAUCUGUACUUCUGUAUGGUGCUGUUACUUCUACUAUUUUUCUGUAGUACUGUCACUUCCAUUAUUGAUCUUUUUGUGUUCAUAUACCUGUAUGCCUAUUAUACUUGUUUUCACUGUACGCAUUGGAUUGCAAUAUGUCCCAGUAUUUAUAAUAUAAUCAGCAGUCCAAUCGGUCGAAUUGGAUUGCAAUAUGUCCCAUUGCCUGCAUCACCAACCUGGCCGAAUCAAACCCAAUAAGGGUCGCGCGAAUGGCAACUCCUCGCUCGGUCCACA